AUGUCUCUGUGCUCCCCUUUUUUCAGACUGCCGGUUCCCAAACUAGAAGAUACCAUUACAAGGUACCUGAAUGCCCAGAAACCGCUUUUAAAUGAUGAUCAGUUCAGGAAAACUGAAGAACUUGCUCGACAGUUUGAAAAGGGAAUUGGAAGAGAGCUGCACGAGCAACUGGUUGCUCAAGACAAUCAGAACAAGCAUACCAGUUACAUCACAGGUCCCUGGUUUGACAUGUACCUAAAAUCACGUGAACCCGUUGUUUUGAAUUUUAAUGCAUUUAUGUCUUUUAAUCCUGAUCCAAAAUCUGAAUAUAACGAUCAGCUCAUACGAGCUACGAACAUGACAGUCUCUGCUAUACGUUUUAUGAAGACCUUCAGGGCUGGUUAUCUUGAGCCAGAGGUUUUUCACCUCAAUCCAGAAAAAAGUGACACUGAGAUCUUUAAAAAAAUUAUCCGAUUUGUGCCUUCUUCACUUUCUUGGUUUGGUGCCUACAUGGUCAACGCGUACCCCCUAGACAUGUCUCAGUACUUCAGGCUUUUCAACUCUACGCGGCUGCCUAAACCCAACAGAGAUGAGCUUUAUACAGAUGAAAAGGCAAAACAUUUACUGGUACUGAGAAAUGGGAAUUUUUAUAUAUUUGACGUUCUUGAUAGAGAUGGAAAUAUGUUGAAACCUUCAGAAAUACAAGCACACUUGAAAUACAUCCUUAGUGACAACAGUCCAGCCCCGGCCUUUCCUCUUGGCUACCUCUCCAGUGAAAACCGAGAUACGUGGGCAUUGCUGAGGAAGAAUCUGCUGGAGAGUGGCAAUGAAGAAGCUCUUCAAAAAGUAGACUCUGCUGUGUUUUGUUUAAGUUUAGAUGAUUUUCCCAUUAAAGACUUUGUGCACUUGUCCCACACUAUGUUGCAUGGAGAUGGUGCUAACCGCUGGUACGACAAAUCCUUUAAUCUUAUCAUAACUAAGGAUGGCACCGCAGGAAUUAAUUUUGAACAUUCCUGGGGAGAUGGUGUGGCUGUGCUCAGGUUCCAGAAUGAGGUUUUUAAAGAUAGCACCAAGGCACCAGCCAUCAGCCCCCAGUCCCAGCCUGCUUCUGUAGACUCUUCUGCAGCAGUGCGGAAACUUGACUUUAAGCUGAACGAUGCCUUAAAAGCAGGAAUUACCAAAGCCAAACAGAAAUUUGAUGCCAGUGUAGAAGGACUGUCUGUUAAUAUGAUUCAGUUCAAUGAAGGGGGAAAGGACCUUCUAAAGCAGAAGAAGGUAAGCCCAGAUGCUGUGGCUCAGCUUGCCUUCCAGAUGGCUUUCCUCCGACAGUACAAUCAGACUGUUGCUACAUAUGAGUCUUGCAGUACUGCAGCUUUCAAACAUGGUCGUACAGAGACCAUACGUCCUGCCUCUAUCCAUACAAAGAAAUGUUCGGAAGCUUUUGUCAGGGAACUCUCCAAACAUAGCACCGAAGAUCUUCAGAAGUUGGUAGUGGAGUGCUCAAAAUACCACGGCCGUUUGACAAAAGAAGCUGCUAUGGGUCAGGGAUUUGACCGGCAUCUCUUUGGCUUGCGCUAUUUAGCCUCAUCCAAAGGUAUCCCACUGCCUGAUUUCUAUCAAGACCAAGCCUAUGCUCGGAUUAAUCACAACAUCAUUUCCACGAGCACGUUGGUUAGCCCAGCUGUGCAGUUAGGGGGGUUCGGUCCCGUGGUGGCUGAUGGCUUUGGAGUUGGAUAUCAGGUACACGAUGAUUGGAUAGGUUGUAAUGUUUCCUCUUACCCGACGAGGAAUGGUAAAGAAUACCUUCAGUGUAUAUACAAGUCACUAGAAGAUAUCUUUAAUGUUUUGAAGGGCAAGAAAAUUGGUAGUUAGACAUAAAAGCUUUGGAACACAGUACAAAAUGCAGACUGUCUAAUUGGUACACUAAUCAGUGUUCAAUGUGGCUGAGACUGGCUUCAUUGUCUUCGUUGAACUUGAAUACUCUUAGAUUGACUAUGAAAUUUGUAUCUAUUUUAAAGAAAUCUAGUACUGACCUUGAAUGCAUGUUUCAGGAAAUACAAACAUUCACGAUGUCAAAAUUAAGUAACAGAUCGAUCUGUUCCAACAGAUCCGUGUGUUCUUAAAACACAUUACUUAAAGGCAUUGUUACCAAGUUUAGGAACUUGGAACAUCUCUGUUCCAUGAAUGCUCAGACAGACAACAGCACUGUGAUACCACUCUUAGAGUUUAAAAAAAUACAUGCAAUAAUUUUAAAUACGAAAGAGUGGUUACAUUUGCACUCUUACAGUAGGCUUGCUUACUAACUUGUCACACUUACUUCUCUCUUUAAACUUGAAUUGAUACCGAAACUGAUUGUGCCUCAACCACUUGAAGCCUUUCCACUCUAACAGAGGCUUUAAGUAACCUGCAGUCACCAACUGUGGUGUUAAAUUGACUGGAAAAGACUGUAUUUUAAUAAAGCUAUCAAUAAUCA